AUGAAUCGCUUAUUUGGAAGAUCAAAGCCCAACGAACCACCACCUAACCUGACCGACUGUAUUUCUAAUAUUGACAGCAGAGGGGAAUCAAUUGACAAGAAGAUCUCCCGGCUAGAGGCUGAGCUGAAAAAGUACAAGGAUCAGAUGAAGAAGAUGAGGGAGGGCCCUGCCAAAAACCAAGUUAAACAGAAAGCAAUGAGGGUACUCAAGCAGAAACGCAUGUAUGAAAACCAGCGAGAUCAACUGAGCCAGCAGUCAUUCAAUUUAGAACAACAGAAUUUUGCAAUCCAGAGCUUGAAGGAUACAAAGACAACAGUCGAUGCAAUGAAAAUUGGAGUGAAAGACUUCAAGAAAGCCUACAAGCAUGUUAACUUAGAUCAUAUAGAAAACAUGCAAGAUGAGCUGGAGGAUUUGAUGGAACAAACCAAUGACAUUCAAGAGGUCAUGGGUCGCAGCUACGGGAUGCCAGAGCUUGAUGAUGAUGAGCUCGAGGCAGAGUUGAAUGCCCUUGGAGAUGAGCUGUUGGAUGAGGACUCCUCAUAUCUUGAUGAUGCAGUCACUGCUCCGUCAGCGCCCACCAGUGAACCUGGUGCAGAGAGUAGUCGGAGUGACAUCCCAGUAGAUGAAUUUGGCCUCCCACAAAUACCACAGAGUGCGAAAUGA